AUGCAUAAACACCAGCUUAUCAGCAUCCCAGCAUCUCAUUACUGCGAGCGUGCUCGGUGGGCUCUGGAUUACGCGGACAUCAGCUUUACAGAACAUAAGUGGCCCCCGAUGCUGCACUACUUCGGGGCAUUUCCAGCAAGCGGAACCCGGACAGUUCCUGUCCUGAAGUGUCCUGCCAGCUCAACCCGGAAGGCAUGCGUUUUGACCGACUCCAAGGACAUCGUCAGCUACGCAAACGAACGAAUACUGGAAGCCGCUUCUCCUUUCAAAUGCCCCCAAGCGCUGCCUAACGAUAACUCGCAGCAGACUGGCAACCCACCCACGCCGCCCUUGUCGCCGCUCUACCCUUCAGAUCCUGACCAACUUUGCGAGGUUCAGCGGCUGGAGGAGCUUUUCGCCAGUAAGUUGGGUGUGUGGACCCGAGUGGUGGCCUACCAUCACCUCUUCGCGGACCGGGACCUCGCACUGGACGUGUUGGCGCUGGGGCAGCAGCAGCCCCCUGCCCUGGCGGGCUGGAAGGCGGCACUGCUGCAGCGCUGCUUCCCCCUGGUGCGGGGGGCCAUUUGCAAGGGACUGCGGGUGGACGAGCGGGGGGCGGCCACCUGCCUGGAGCGCAUCAAGACAUUGUUCGGGGAGCUUGUCUUAUGUGACACCAGGACGAGCGAGGGAAGGGCAGUAGAAGGGCGUGCAGACAGACCCUCUGGACAGACCCACGCAUACAAGAACAACUCGGCCAAUCUCUUUGUGCUGUCCGUUGGCGGAAUGCUUGAGCGGGGCGGGGGCCGCUACCUGGUGGGGGACCAAUUCACCGCCGCGGACCUUACCUUCGCAGCCAUGGUCGCCAUCGUGCUCAUGCCCGAACAGUACGGCGCGUACCUGGGCCCUCUAGACGCCUGGCCUCAGGAACUGCCUUUCCGGGAGCUUCGUGACACGGCCGCGGGUCGCCAUGCCCUGAGGAUGUAUGCCGUCCACCGCAGGGUGAACUGCUGGGGGCAGUGUGUUGGUUGGGCGGUGAAUGGGGAAUGA